UCUUCCGGGCCCUUUCGGAAGUUCACUCAGAAAGUUGCUAAUAGUCGCUAUAAAUUUCAGACAGAGUUUUUUGUCGGACUCUAUGUUUCGACGGACGCCUGGGACAUUAACCUCUCCACCUUCGUUUAUUAAAGCAUGGAGGACCCAAACAUGCCUCAGAGAAAAAUGUCCAGGGCCGGAGAAAGCUUGUACUUGGUCCUGGGUUUGGAGAAAGGAGCGACCCCCGACCAGAUAAAAAAGGCUUAUCGGAAAUUGGCAUUGAAGUAUCACCCUGACAAGAACCCAGACAACCCAGCUGCUGCGGAGAAGUUCAAGGAGAUCAACAAUGCCAACGCCAUCCUGAACGACGAGAACAAACGUAAAAUCUACGACGAAUAUGGCUCCCUGGGCCUCUCUUUGGCCGAGCAGUUUGGUGAAGAUGGCCUCAAAUAUUAUUUCCUCAUGUCAAAGUGGUGGUUCAAGGCCCUGUUUUGCUGCUGCACCCUCUUCACCUGCUGCUGCUGUUUGUGCUGCUGCUGCUUCUGCUGUGGAAAGUGCAAAACGGGAGAGGAAGAAGAGCAUCCCAUUAUCGACCCAGAAGACCUGGAGGCGGAGCUCAGAGAGCAGGAAGAAGCACAAGGCCACAUAAUAGUUAUUGAGCCCAGCUCCUCUCAGACCUCAGGUGAGAACGCACCGAUCGUGAUUCAGCCUCAGUCAACCAUUGCACAGAGACGCAACAUGGCGAAUGAGUGAAUAAAUCCAUGGAUGAGUGAGUCUUUAAGAAGGCCAGCUUCACAUUAUUAUUAUUUAUUUUCAUUUUUUUGGGACUUUGUGUGAACUUGAGAUCUCACCAGCUGCUGGCGUUCAAACCAACGCACAGGAAACGUAUCGGGCCUUUUUGUUUACAUGAAUCAUGCUUUAUAAUGGUAUUGCCAUGGCUUUUUUUUUUUUCUUUUUUAAUGACAAAGCCUUGGUGUUCAAAACCAUUGAUCUCUCAAAAAACUUGUUGUUUUUUUUGUUUGUGUACUUUAAACUCACAGGUUAGUGUAAAAGUUGCCAAAGUGGUCUGAAAACAUCUCCGCUCAGGAUUCCUACAUGUGGACCUUUUUAUUUUUUAAAUAGAUAUACAUAUAUUUAACAGGCUAAUUCUUAUUAUCCACACUAUUUUAGGCCAACCACUUGUCUUCCUGUAAAUAUUAACGUAGGAAUAAAUGACCUGAUGACUUUUGGGUCGACGCAUCCGCUGUUUCUCUGUCAGGUGAUGCUGGUUUAUCUAUACUUCAAAUGUCUUUUCUAAUCAACUUCACUCAAUAUGAUGUUUUUAUGUAACUUACACAGAAAGCCAGAACGGCUGCAGCCAGCUACUUCCACCUUCUUAUUAGGUAAACUUUAAUUAGACGGCGUAAAAAGGCGUUUGCAUUAUUUAUUCGUUUAUGGCUUGACGAGGUCAUCGGUGUCACUCAUGGGCCCGUAUGAGAUUAUCACGAUAUGAUGAAAUACGGCAGUUUCGCAGAAAUAAAGCGGUAUCGAUAAUAUGUAUUUAUUUUCAUUUUGAUGUAAAGCCAUAAAAUCUAGGGGCUGGUUACAAGGAAACAUCCAUUUUUGCCAUCUAGCCACGCUGCCAGCUCAUCCUGCCAUCGAGCAAUAAUACAUGCUACUCGUAGCUUGCUUUUGUCUGUUUUUGUGACCAGAAAUGUUCCCAAACAUCCAAAUUGCUGGCGUGGUCCUUUAGCCUCCUAACCACCAGGGUGCAGCACCAGCUGGGUUAAGAUGUUGGGCUGCUCUGCAAACGUUUAGAAAGACAUGAUGGAAAAAUGUUCCUGGUUUUGAAAUUGUAACUUGUUUAAAAACGUUUAUCCGUCACCAUUCUGUGUCGCUUCUUUAUUUAGCAACAACACCGUAGUUUGCGCUGAAAGGUUGUAGUUUGGAGAGAAGUGAAGUUUUUAUCUUGUCUCAGGGAGACGCUUCAAAAACUGGCCUGCAGGGGGAGCCAGAGGCACACUUUGUUUUUAGAAUUUUUAAUUAAGUAAAGGAUUCUGCUUCUGAUUCUCUUAACUAGUAAGCUGCAGCGUUUAUUAUUGGGCACUGUAGGUGUAGUUAUGACACCAAAAGGUAACUGCUUUAUUGAAGGUGUUGAAGGUAAUUUGCUGCAGCAGGGUCAUUUUGAAAUGAGCCAUCACUACAACAGGAAUGUUCCGUGUCCAAAUGUUUGGUGAAUGUCACCAUUUUCACAAAAUAUCUGCACUUGCACACAGUUUUGUUUUUGGUUUGUUUAAACCAUAAAUCUGGUGAUGGGAUCAAAACUUUCUUUUUUUCUUUUGAGGUGUAUAUUGUAAAUUAUUCUGUGAAUUAAAAGGUGCAUUUUUUUGAUCCUGUUUUUCUUUUGGCAGUGCGGUAACAUUAAAUUAUAUUUCUGACUUGGUUCAUAGUAUAUUUUUAUAUUUAUAAUAAUUUUUUGCCUCGUGUCUGGAUAUGCCAAGGGUCUGUACUCUCUCCUACUGCCUGCAUGAAAUUAUUAAAAAAAAGUCUGUAUAAUUCCUGGAAAUGACUUUGAAGUGCCUGAAUAUAUUCUUAUCCUGUUGUUUCUUUCAUUUUUAUUAGAAGAUUAAAUGAUUUUUAUUUUUUUUGCCUCAAUGUUCCAAAUAUUUUUCUACUUUUUAGUGUUUUGUAAAAUGAAAGCAACAUAAAUGUAUGAUGAAAUAAAUUUUUGGGCUAAUAUGAAAAUAUGUGAGU